CGAGCCCCGGGCGGCAGGUGCAGGCGGGGCGGGGGCCGGAGCCGGCCCCUCGGUGCAUGCCCUCCCCUCCCAGCCCGGCCCGGCCCGGCCCGGGAAGAUGGUGUCCAAGCUGAGCUCGCUGCAGCAGGAGCUCCUGAGCGCGCUGCUCAGCUCCGGGGCCACCAAGGAGGCGGUGGUGCAGGCGCUGGAGGACAUGGGCCGCCCCGCCGCCGCCGCCGGCUUCGGCGUGAAGCUGGAGAGCCUGCCGCUGUCCCCCGGCGCGGCCGGGCCCGAGCCCGACGGCAAGGCCGGCUUCGCCCCGCUCAGCAACGGGCACGCCAAGGGCAAGCUGUCCGGCGACGAGGGCUCCGAGGACGGCGACGACUUCGACACGCCGCAGAUCCUGCGCGAGCUGCAGGCGCUCAACACGGAGGAGGCGGCGGAGCAGCGCGCCGAGGUGGACCGCAUGAUCAGCGAAGACCCCUGGCGGGCUGCAAAAAUGAUCAAAGGUUACAUGCAGCAGCACAACAUCCCCCAGAGGGAGGUGGUGGAUGUCACCGGCUUGAACCAGUCUCACCUCUCCCAGCACCUCAACAAGGGCACCCCCAUGAAAACGCAAAAGCGGGCAGCGCUCUACACGUGGUACGUCCGCAAGCAGAGAGAGAUCCUCAGACAGUUCAACCAGACAGUCCAGGGUUCUGGAAAUAUGACAGACAAAAGCAGUCAGGAUCAGCUGCUGUUUCUCUUUCCAGAGUUCAAUCAGCAGAGCCAGGGCGUGGGGCAGCUUGACGACGCCUGCUCUGAAACCCCCAGCAAGAAGAUGCGGCGGAAUCGCUUCAAAUGGGGGCCUGCCUCGCAACAAAUCUUGUACCAGGCCUACGACCGCCAAAAGAACCCGAGCAAGGAGGAAAGGGAGGCGCUGGUGGAGGAAUGCAAUAGGGCAGAGUGCCUCCAGCGUGGGGUGUCCCCUUCCAAAGCGCAUGGGCUGGGUUCCAACCUGGUGACCGAGGUUCGCGUCUACAACUGGUUUGCAAACCGGCGGAAAGAGGAGGCCUUUCGUCAGAAGCUGGCCAUGGACGCCUACAGCACGGGCCAGCCGCACAGUAUGAACCUCCUGCUCUCCCACAGCUCGCCCCACCACACCCAGCCCAGCUCCUCGCCGCCCAGCAAAAUGUCAGGAGUCCGAUACAACCAGCAGGGGAGCAAUGAGGUCACUUCCUCCUCGACAAUCAGUCACCAUGGGAACAGUGCCAUGGUGACCACCAGCCAAUCUGUCCUCCAGCAGGUUUCUCCAGCAGGCUUGGACCCAGGCCACAAUUUACUCUCGCCCGAUGGUAAAAUGAUCUCCGUGUCGGGAGGCGGGCUGCCUCCUGUGAGCACCCUGACCAACAUCCACGGCCUGUCCCAUCACAACCCCCAGCAGUCCCAGAACCUCAUCAUGACGCCGCUCUCGGGAGUUAUGGCCAUCGCGCAAAGUCUGAACACCUCCCAAGCGCAGAGCGUACCUGUCAUCAACAGUGUUGCCGGAAGUUUAGCAGCUUUGCAGCCGGUCCAGUUUUCCCAGCAGCUGCACAGUUCACAUCAGCAGCCUCUCAUGCAGCAGUCUCCCAGUCAUAUGACGCAGCAGCCUUUUAUGGCCACGGUGACUCAGCUACAGAACUCACACAGUAAGGAUCUUGUCAGUGUAUGCACACAAGCAGGAGCCUCCCCAGUAUUCCCACACUUCCCGGUUUCCAUCAGCUAUGGUGGUCACAGAUACCAGCAGCAUCAGCACAUUAACCAAUAUGUCUUCCAGUAAACAGUGCCCCCUGCAAGCCUGGUGAUGUUCCACACCUCACUGCUUUUGCACCUAGCGACCGGAGCUUAUUUUCCACAACAUCACGCCGGUAACCAACCAAGUCUGGGGAGCGUUGCUAUAGAGGAGCUCAGCCAGCUUGUCUAGCGCCAUAGCGAAGAGCCGAUUCGCCUGAAAAAGAGCUGGAGUUUUGCAACGAAUAGCCAACCUUCUGCAACUGGACAGGAGCAAAGCUCUGUCCACAAGGUGCCUCAUCCCAGAGACCGUGCUCUUCCUUCCCUUCGCACAGUAUUUCAAGGACGUGUCUUGAGGAUUUUAAGUAUUUGCCUUCUAGAGGCUGUUGCCUUUUGUGAGAAAAUAAGAACAAAACUGACUGAGAACUGGCAGAAGAGGAGAGGAAGAUCAAUGCUAUUUAACUUAUAUUUCUCCACCAAAGGGACUGGUGAGAGACUUGGAUCUGUUACUUAGAAUUUGGAAGGAGGAAUCACCUGUGCUGUUGAACUGAGCCAACUACCCUGUAAAUACAGAUAAGCUUCCGUCCUCCCCAAGCCUUUCACUGUCACCUAUACAUAGAGAUUUAUAUGAAAACAGUCAAUUGUGUCCAAUGGAUGUAAACUACUGUAAUUAAGUGCAAUUUCCCCACCUGUAUAUAUUGGCCAAAAUUCUCAUAUUUCUCCUUUUGUAAAGGUCAGAGCUGAGGUUUUUGGUUUUCUUUCCCUUUUUUGUUUUCUUUUUCUUUCAAUGAGUGAAUUCAUAAGGAGAGGCCUGGCCAUACUCAAGGGUGUCAGUCCCCCAGCAUUGCACUGGCCGCUCGACCAGAGGACAGACACAACUGCGCGCCUCUGCAGAGCUGCUACUAAAGGCCGACAAGCUGCAGCACAGUCAACAGUCCUGUCUAAUAGGAGCCCACGCUUGAGGAAGGACCAGGGAUGAAAUAAGUGACCCAGUGACUUGCUACCCAGCAGCCAUGACUGGCACGAUCCAUUUGGUGACUACUAUCAACAUGCGGAUCUCGACUAUUAUUAUUUUCUUUUUGCUGUUUUGAUUGAGGCUAGGCAAGGGAGGAGAAGAGUUCACAUGGGUGUAGUGAGACAUGUAGGCCAUUUCUGGAGUCUUCCUUUUUUCAGGGGUGUGUAGUUUCCAUUGGAAACUGCUGCUACGAUCUGAAUGGGUGCAUAAGAUGGUAUAUUUGGUAGGAACAUCCUAUACCUGCCAAGGGGGUUAGAUGCCCCGAUCUUCCUUUUCUCAGAGAAGGAAGUGGGAAGUAGGGAGCGGGCCCAUGUCUGAUUUCCAUUUUACAUUGUAAAUUGGAAUAGGGUGAACUUUGUUAACCUUACCUCUUUCAAUAAAUGGGUCACCCUUGUCUUCUUAAUGCUACGUUCUAACUUGCUGGUAGCUCUCACUUCUCUGCACUUGGAUGGAACGUCUCUAGUGCUGUGAGUUCAAGAGUGGUUCACACAAACAGCUAGAGACGUUGGCUAAUUGUCCUACCUUGGCUCAGCAGGAUCAAUCUCUUGCUCUAUGAGCAAUCCCUUUUAGUGGGACAACUCACAGCAUGAGAUACUGUUGCUUGUGGGUAGGAGUGUGACAGUCUGGGCCCAAGACAGAAAGAUCUAUGCUGAGAAGUGAUCAAGAAGGAGUUGAGAUGGGUAUAUUUGAGUGCCUGCUUUCACUGAUGACAAUCAAUACAGCUACUAUAUUGGACUGUUCUUUAUUUGUAGACUGGAGGUGUUUAGAAAAGAGAAUGCUAUUCAUAGACUCACAGAAAGUUAGGGUUGGAAGGGACCUCAGGAGGUCAUCCCCUGCUCAAAGCAAGACCACCUGCAACUAUAUCAUCCCAGCCAAAGCUUUGUGUAAUCGGGUUUUGAAAACUGCCAAGGAUGGAGCUUCCACAACUUCUCUGGGUAACCUGUACCAGUAUUUUACUACCCUCCUAGUGAAAAAGUUCUUCCUAAUAUCUAACCUCAACUUCCCUUGCUGCAACUUGAGACCAUUGCUCCUUGUUCUGUCGUCUGCCACCGCUGAGAACAGUCCAGCUCCAUCCUCUUUCAAAUCCCGCUUCAGGUAGUUGAAGGCUGCUAUUAAAUCCCCCCGUCUCCUCUUCUCUAGACUAAAUAAUCCCAGUUCCCUCAGUCUUUCCUCAUAAACCAUUUUUUUUCUUUCCCCAAACCAUUUUUGUUGCCCUCCACUGGACUCUCUCCAACUUGUCCACAUCCUUUGCAUAGUGGGAUGGCAAAAACUGGACACAGGACUCCAGACGUGGCCUCACCGCUGCUGAAUAGAGGGGAAUAAUUACUUCCCUUGACCUACUGGCAGCACUCCUACCAGUGCAGCCCAGUAUGCCAUUAGUCUUCUUGGCAACAAGGGCACACUGCUGGCUCAUAUUCAGCUGAUUGUCCACUGUAACGCCUAGGUCCUUUCCUGCAGAGCUGCUGUCCAGCCAGUCAGCCCCAGCUUGGAUUGGUGCAUGCGGUUGUUCUGUUCUAAGUGCAGGACUUUGCACUUGUCCUUAUUGAACCUCAUGAGAUUUCUUUUGGUCCAAUCCUCCAAUUUGUCUAAAUCACUCUGAAUCCUAGCCCUACCCUCCAGUGUAUCUACUACUCCCCCCAGCUUGGUGUCAUCUACAAACUUGCUGAGGGUGCACUCUGCCAUCUUCCAGGUUGUUGAUGAAGACGUUGAAUAAAACUGGCCCCAGGACUGACCCAGAAGAAGGGAGAAGAUCAGCAAGAAGCUUAUUUGCAGGAGGUCUUUAGAUGAUGUUCUCUGGGAGCUAACCAUUUUCUAUCAUGCCUUCCAUCUUCCCUUCAACAGAAGGCUUAGGGUCUAGCCCUGCUUGCUUUGAAGGAAGCAACAAAACUUCCAUUACCUUCCGUGGGACCAGUCUUUCUUAGAAAGCAGACCAGAUGGUCCACCAGUAGCAGGCAAGAGUGACACAGAUAACAAAUCCUCCACAUCAUUCUCACUCACUCUGAGUUUGGAGGGGACCGUUUCUUCAUCCCUUCAAAAGCAACAGUAGGAUGGCCCACAUCUUCCCAGCUUGCAACCACCUGCUACAGGAACAAGAGAAUACGGGGUCAGAUUGUCAGCAGAUGUAAAUCAACUUAAUUCUACUGAAGUCAGUGGAACAAUGCUGAAUUUACAUGAGCUAAAGACCUUUUCAAAAGCCUGUAAGUGAUUUAAGGAGCAUAAGUGGAUUUGUUUUCAAAAGUUUUGCUGGUGUUCAGUGAAAUACUUUUGUUAACUGAGCAUAAGGCUCCUCAAUCACUUAAGUACUUUUGAAACUUUUGCAGCUCAUGCUUGACCCCCUAAACUCUGCGAGUGAUUUUGAAAAGUAAAGAUCAUUAGAGUUUCCCUGUGAACAGCUUAAUCAAAGAUAAAAAUAAGGGAUUCUCUCUUUUGGGCUAGUGGACCACCCUUGACUUUGUGUUUGUGCAAUGCUGAGCACAGCAGAGCCCCAGUCCUUACUGGGACUAGUAGGCAUUAACAUAAGACAAAUAAAAAGUCAUUUUGAAUUUGAAGGCGAUAUUUGGAAUGGAAUUUAAUUUAAUGUAUAAUAUAAUUAAAUACCAUGUUUUCUGCCUCA